AUGACACUGGCAGGAAAUUUAUUUACUUUCAGUUUUGUUGCCAGCGACGAAAUUCAGUUUUUCCAGCGUUUAUUUUUUUCGCCCAGUCAAGCAGAAUUCACAAUUGCAAAAGAAUUUCCAUCUGGGGACACAAUAUGGAAAGCCUUACAAUCAUUUGACCAGAUGCAUCUAUAUGGUUCUUCACGCAAAUGUAUAGCUGUUAUAACAGAAAGCCCUGAAAUUCAAGUAAAAAUUACAGAAACCAUUUCAGAAUUGGGCAAUGUCAAAACUAAAGGCUUUGAUGAUGGAACAGCAGGUGCUUUAUUAGGAGCAAUCCCAAAAGGUUCAAAAAGAACUCAACAGGAAAUCCAUGAAGACAAACCAGUGUUAUGGAUUCAACUUAGUGAUUUUUCUGGUAAUUUUUCCGAAAAUUUAAGCCAUGCCGUUGAUACAUUAAUUCACAAAGUAUCAAAGCUUUGCCCAUUCUUGGUUCAGAAAAAAAAUACAGCACUGACAAUACAAACUGGAGGACCAUUACUAUACGGUUACCCUGAUCCUCUUUAUCUGAAUCAUGUUUUUGCUCAAUUGCUAGAAAUUGGAAUCACUCCUGAAAGUGUUCAAUUUGAAACCAUACAAACUCAAAUCAAAAUGACAGCAUUCUCGUAA